AUGGCACUUACAAAGGAGUGUACUGCCAUAAUUCAAAAGAACCUCCCUAAAAAAUUGAAAGAUCCUGAAAGUUUUGUGAUUCCCUGUAUCAUUGGAGAGGUGACUGUUGAAAGAGCAUUGUGCGUUCUUGGAGUAAGCAUCGACUUAAUGCCAUUAUCUUUGAUCAGUAAGCUCCACAUUGAAGAGGAAAAACCUACUAGAAUUUCUCUACAACUUGCUGGCCGUUCCAUUAACUUUCCACUUGGUGUUGUUGAGAAUUCGCUAGUGAAGGUGGAAAUCUUCGUCUUCUCUACGGAUUUUGUUAUAUUGGAUAUGGAGGAGGAUGUAAAUGCCUCUAUUAUCUUAGGGAUGCCAUUCCUCGCUACUGGGAGGGCCUUGAUUGAUGUUAAAAAAGGUGAAUUAACAUUGAGGGCCAUUAAUGAACAAAUUGUACUUAAUGUAUUCAAAGCCCUGCAACAUCCUAAUGACUAUGAGGAUUCCAUGAAAAUAUAUAAUUGA